AUGUUGAAUAUUAGUAAAAGAAUACUAUCUUCAUCGAUAGGUUCCUCCUCCUCCUCUUCGAUAUCAAGAUUACUAGUACCUUCAUUAACUAAUACUACUACUACUAAUAAUAAUAAUAAUAAAAGAUGGACCAAUCAACAUAGUCUAACAAAUACAAUGUUAAAAUCAUUUUCAACAUCUACAUCAUUUGAUAUGAAUCAAUCUACUUCUUCUAGUUCAUCUACUUCUUCAUCUUCAUCUUCAUCUUCAACAUCAGAUUUAUUAGGUGCAUUUCAAAAGUUGAAAGCAUCUUCAAACAAACAAGAUAUCAAUGAUAUGAACCAUGGUGGUGUUGGUAGCAGUAAUAUGAAAGAUUCAAUACAAAAGUUAAUGUCAACUAUUAAUCCAACAACAACAUCUACAACUACUCAAACUACCGAGAAAAAAGGUAUCAAUUAUGCAGAAGAGAUUGAAAUGAUUGAUGAACAAUUGAAAAUGUUACAACAAUCAAUGUUGAAAAAGAAAAGAUCGGCCGGUUUUGAUGAUACCAAUGGUGGAGAAGAAGGUUUUGAUCAAUCUGAAUUGGAUAGAAUACAAAGUUUGGUAGAAUUGGAAACAAAGUUUGAAUUACAAGUCACUGAACAAGCCAGAGACAGAUACAGAGAGUUGGUGACAAGUACUCAAUCCAUUUCACGUGGAUCUGGUCUACGUCCAAUUAAAAAUGUUGUAUUCCAAUGGCAACAACCAUUAUUCUCUUAUAUGGAACAAGAAAUUCAAAUACUCAUAAAAGAAUAUCAAAAUAAUUUAAUCAAUAAUAAUAAUAAUAAUAAUAAUAACUCUAAUACCAAUAAUAAUAAUAAUAAUAAUAAUAAUGUACAACCUUCCACAUCUACUUCUUCAUCUACAUCAUCCAAUUCUACAUCCAAUUCUUCAUCAAAAAAAAGAAAACAAGAAAAACAAGUUUUAUCAAUUCCUUCAGUUUCACAAAGAGAAUUUUUUAAUGAAAUGAUAGAAAAAUAUAAUGAAGGUAAAGAUAAAGAUACAAAACAAAGAAUAGAGGAAGAGUUUCAAAAGAUGAUGACUAGAAUGGAUAUUAAAAAGAUUGCAUUGUUGGGAUUGAAUGGUACGGUGAGUGAGAUUCUUUCAAAGACGAGUGGUCCAAAGACCAACUCGGUGUCCAUGACGGUGGGCUCGUUGGUGUACACACAGUACCGUUUUGAAAAACUCAAAGAAUCUGACCCCAAGGCAUUCCGUCGUUUGUCGUCAACCUAUGGAGGGUUGUCGUCUAGAAGCAUCGAGAAUGCAGUGCGUCAACAGUUUAAAGAGACGAUGGAGUUUGAGACGGGCAUGGCAUUCCGUAUUGGCACGUUUAUCCUGCGUUGUAUCAUGGAAUCGUGUUUUAUCAACAAGUAUCAGAUCAAUGACGGCGAGAGCGAGCAAGUACCCGCAUUCUACAUUGACUAUCGGUUUGUCAGAGGUGUGAGAGUGUCGUCACUCCAUUUACACCAGAAUGUACUCAGUUUGAUCCAGGAUGGCCACGAUUUACGCGAAGUUGCCAAUGCACGUCUGUUGCCAAUGGUCGUGACACCGGAACCGUGGGACAGCCCAAAUAACGGGUGCUAUCUGCACUACCCAACCUUUAUCAUGCGUACUAAUGGAUCCAAACUGCAGACAUCGUCGAUCAUCUCGGCCGACUUGUCCAAGAUUUACGAGGGUCUCAAUAUCCUCGGCGAGGUGCCUUGGAACAUCAACCGUCCCGUUUUAGAUAUUAUCUUGGCGGCGUGGGAGAGUGGAGGCGGUAUUGGAGACUUGCCGUCACGUUUCGACUAUGAGUUGCCGCUGGCAGCCGAGUACUCAGAGUCUGCCGAACAACGUAAAAAGCACGCCAAGCUUGUGAAAAAGGUCAAGCAACUCAACCACGACUUGCAUUCGCUGCGUUGCGAUUUGUCGUACAAGUUGGACGUUGGCAAGCAGCUGCGCGAACACGACUUUUACUUUCCCCACAACGUCGACUUCCGUGGACGUUCCUAUCCCAUCCCACCACAUCUCAAUCACCUCGGAUCAGACUUUUGUCGUGCCAUGUUGACAUUUGCCGAAAAGAAACCGUUGGGUGCUCGUGGAUUGAUGUGGCUCAAGGUGCAUUUGGCCAAUUUAUCGGGCGUGGACAAGGUGUCGUUUGACGACCGUAUCGCGUUUGUCGACUCGCAUAUGGCCGAUGUGUACGACUCGGCCGACAACCCAUUAAACGGCGCCCGUUGGUGGUUGGCUGCCGACAAACCAUGGCAGGCAUUGGCCACGUGCAUUGAGCUCGCCAACGCCGUGCGUAGUGGCGACCCCGCCAAUUUCAUGUCGAGCCUGCCACUCCACCAAGACGGCUCGUGCAACGGUCUGCAGCAUUAUGCAGCACUCGGAGGUGACGAGUUUGGCGCGUUCAAGGUCAACCUAUUGCCCAGUCCCAAACCACAAGACGUGUACAGCGGUGUAGCACAGCUCGUGUCGGCGACGGUCGAGCACGACGCGGCCAACGGACACGAAGUUGCCAAAGCCCUCCUCGGCAAGGUACAGAGAAAGAUCAUCAAACAGACCGUCAUGACAUCAGUCUAUGGUGUCACCUAUAUUGGUGCACGUGCACAAAUCCAAAAUGCACUCGAGGAAAAGUACCAAAUGGACGACGACUUUGUCUUCCAAGCAUCAUCCUAUCUCGCCAAAGAGACGUUCAAGUCACUCGACAAGAUGUUUUUGGGUGCUCGUUCCAUUAUGGCUUGGCUCAGCCAAUGUGCCAGUGCUAUUGCAAAGUCGGGCGAGUGUGUUGCCUGGUACACCCCUCUUGGCCUGCCAGUCGUCCAACCGUACCGCAAGGGUGGCAAGUUUAGCAUAAAAACCAUCGCCAACGAGUUUGUCCUCGUCGACGAUGAAGAGCAUCUCCCCGUCUGCUCACGUCAACAACGUUCUGCAUUCCCACCAAACUACAUUCACAGUCUUGAUUCCACCCAUAUGUUCCUCACUGCCAUCGAAGCCAGUCGCGCCAACAUCACCUUUGCUUCGGUUCACGACAGUUUCUGGACUCACGCUGCCACCACCGACGAUCUCAACUCUAUCAUUCGUGAACAAUUUGUUGAACUCCAUCAACGUCCCCUCCUACAUGAUCUCCAUACCUGGUUUACCAAACGUUAUCCUACAGUCAAUAUCCCUCCAGUUCCUGAAAAAGGUCAUCUCGACAUUGAAAAGGUUAAAGAAAGUCCUUAUUUCUUCCAUUAA